AUGGUGGAAACCCUUACUGCAGACCAAAUUCAGGAAUUCCGUCAAGCUUUCGACAUUAUUGAUAGAAAUGGUGAUGGAGUUAUCACAGUUGAUGAUCUUGCAGCAGUUAUGAGAGCUAUUGGCCAGUCUCCAACAGCUAACGAAUUACAAGAUAUGAUCCGCGAGGUUGAUGCCGACGGUAAUGAUACUAUCGAUUUUACAGAGUUCCUUGCUUUGAUGUCACGUCAAAUGAGACAGUCAGACAUCGAAGAUGAGCUUCGAGAAGCAUUCAGAGUUUUCGAUCGUGAUACAGAUGGAUUUAUUACACCAAACGAACUUCGUUCAUUAUUAAUUAGCUUAGGUCUCGACUCAUCUGCAGAAGUUGUUCGUCGAAUGAUUAACGAAGCAGAUAAGAACAGAGAUGGAAAGAUUGAUUAUGCUGAAUUCCGUGCCCUUGCUCUCGGAAAGUAA